AUGCGGCUCCUGGCAUGCCUGGGUGUUGUGCUGGGCGUUUUGGAAGGAGCGAGUGGCUUGUGUCCCUCACAGUGCUCCUGCGAUGCCCUCAGCUCAGAUGACGACAUGGAAUCCAGGGUGGUGGUGCUGUGCGAUGACCCGGACAUGACCGAGGUGCCCAGCAGCGUCCCCGUGGAGACGGAGAAGCUCCGCAUCGAGAAGGCCGCCCUCCGCAGCAUCCCCGCCGAGGCCUUCUACGAGCUGCUGGAGCUCCGCUCGCUCUGGGUGACCUACAGCGCCGUGGCCAGCCUGGACGCCGGCAGCCUCUACAACCUGCGGCGGCUGCAUGAGCUGCGGCUGGACGGCAACGGGCUGGCGGCCUUCCCGUGGGCGGCCCUGCGGGACACGCCCCUCCUGCGGACCCUGGUCCUGCACAAUAACAGGAUCGACAGCGUCCCCCAAGGCGCGGCCCCCUACCUCCGGCGCCUCGCCUACCUGGACCUGUCCAGCAACAGGCUGGCCACGCUGCCGCCAGACUUCCUGGACAGCUGGUCCCACUUGGUCCCGGCGCCCGGGAGUCAGGAAUUCUCCCCAGGGAGAGUCAUUCUUGGUCUGCAGGACAACCCCUGGCGAUGUGACUGCCACAUUUCCAGAAUAAUUGAGUUGUCCAAAGCCCCAGCACCUGCUCUGGUGCUGCUGGACCCCUUGAUGAUGUGCCGUGGGCCUGAGCGUCUGGCCGGGAUCCCGUUCCAGCGUGCUGAGCUGGAGCGGUGUAUGAAGCCAUCUGUGAAGAUCUCAGCCACACAGAUCACCUCUGCACUGGGCAGCAAUGUCCUGCUGCGGUGUGAUGCUACCGGUCACCCCACCCCGCGGCUUACCUGGACCCGAGCGGACGGCUCGCCCGUCAAUCACACAGCCAUUCAGGAGUCCCCAACCGAAGGCGUCCGCUGGUCGGUCAUCAGUGUGGUGGGCAUCUCGCACGCGGAUGCUGGAGAUUACAACUGUCGGGCCAGGAACCUGGCUGGUACGGCGGAUGCCGUGGUGGCUGUGAUGGUGGUGGGCACCAGCACGGCCACGCCGUCUGCAGGAGGUGGCCUCCAGUCAGAGGCCCAGCCCGCCUGGCCGUCCACGUCCCCCUGGCCUCUGGCCUCUACGUCCUCCUCUGCCCCCUCGGCCCCCACUUCCCUUCCUCCCCCCUCUACAUCCCCUCCUCGCCCCUCCAUGGCCUUCUCCCUGCCACCCGCCUUCUCUGCCGUCCUUCCUUCCAGCACGGCAUUGAGCCCAGGCUGGGAGAGGAAGGCGGCGUCAGGUCUAGGCGGCAGGACACGUACCCUGGUCAGUACCAGUGGAGUGGACGAGCUGGUGUCCUUGGAUGGAGCCCCAGCCGUGGCCGUCGGUGCCGAGAUAGAAAACCUCAGGGUGGUAGACCGGACCCGGGACAGCGCAACUCUGGCCUGGGACCCCAGGAGCGCAUCGGGGGCCUCAGGGGUGGCCGUGCUGUACUCCAGGCUCGGCGAGGAGGACCUGCGGCCCCUGCACGCAGACACCCGUGGGAACCGGGUCACCAUUGUGGGCUUAGAGGCCGGCCAGCGAUACGUGGCCUGCAUCUGUCCCCAAGGGGCACUGCCCCGGACACAGCAGUGCAUCAGCUUCACCACGGAGGGCAGCGACCCCUCACACUCGGCCCUGGUCCUGGCCAGCGGGGCUGCCGGCGUGGCCGUCUUGCCCCUGAUCUUCUUCCUGCUCUACAAAGUUUGCAGCCUGCGGUGCUCGCCCGACCCCCUUGGGGAGGACGAUCUGGCCAGAGAGACAUACGUCCAGUUUGAGAGCCCAGGGGAGCUGUGGGCUGGGCAUGACUGGGAUGAGUGGGAGAGGCCACUGAUCUGUCCCCGCUCCCGCAGGGAGGCGCCCAGGGCUUGUUCAAGCACAGCCUCUAGGCCAGAGGGCCGCUGCUAA